CUUGGCUGUGUGCCCAGCUGCCAGUGCCAGGGCUGCCCCCGGCGUGUCUCCCUUCCGCCGGCGGAGCCGCGGUCUCCUGCACCAGGGUGUCCAGAUUGGACAGGCCCGAUAUUUGGGACAUUUUCUUCUAUAGGGGCCUAUUACCUCCACCACCCUCCCGAUUUUCACUCUUGCUAUCUGGUCACCCAAUUCCCCACCACCACCACCACGUGGCUGCCCCCAGCUGGGCUGGACACGCUAGCACUAGAGUUGCCAAUUUUGACUGGACCUGAUCCUGGAGUUUUCGUCACAUGACAGAAUCUUUAAUUAAAGAUUAAUCUUUAAUUCGUGGAGACUCCAGGACAAUCUGGUGGUUUGGCAACCCUACCUGGUGCUGCUGGGCUGGUGCGAUACAGGAUUUUCAGUCUCUGUGGAUCAAAUGUUCGUAAGAAUGGAUGGAAGUUCACAUGCAUUUUCAUACCAAGAGCUGCCCCAGAGAAAUGACCGACGUUAUGAGGGUGGUGUGAAGCCAAAACAUAACUUAAAACAAGUAGCAAUUACACAGGUGGUCAGUUACAACUUGAGCAGAAAAGGACAAUCAGAAAGAGACUCUUGGAGGACAUGGCCACACAGCCCUGUGAAUGUCACUGUUAAUGGAAGUCCAUGCAUUCUUUUCUGGGCAAGGAGGAUAAUGAUUAAAUUUAAAAAUCAUACACAGCUGGACUUGACAGAGAAGACAUUUGGCGUUCACGCAACUGUGGAUGUUGGAGAUUCCAACUGCAGUGAAGACAGUGCAAUGCUUUCACUUAAGUUUGGUGACAUGGACAACCUCAAGGGGCUUGUUAUUAGAUUUUUAUUGAUAAAGAGUUAUUACAAGCUGUCUGUUCAGAACUGGUUUCGUUUAUGCAGAAUACAGCUGCUUUACAACCAUUCUAUGCAAGCAACAUUUAACGCAACCAGAAUAUACGCUCCAGCAAGUUAUUCCUAUCACUGUGAACAUGUGAGCAGCUUGCAGAGGUAUGAUGCACUCCUGAUGCCCAGCUCCGCAAAUGAUGUGUCCAGGCUCUGGGAAAUCACUUUUAUCAAUUUCCAGAUUCAAGGCUUUAACAUUGAAGGAGGACAGUUUGCUUAUGCCAAAGAUUGUGCAUCCUUUUUUUCACCAGCAAUUCUGAUGGGCUUGAUUAUGUCACUGGUUCUGCUUCUAGUCCUGGCCUAUGCUCUCCAUAUGUUGAUCCACCUGAAGUCUCUUGAUAGGCAUUAUGAAAGCAAAGCCUCUCCUGCCUAUUUUGCACAAAUGAAAGACAGUGACAUGGUAGAUGAAAAAGAACCACUGAGAAGCAAUGGAAAUGAGUCUUAUGAACUUAGAAGUCAACAGUUCUGUAAAGUCUAUAUUUAGAAGAGUGUCUCUCUUUCCGGCUAUUGGUAUUUUCUUUCUGCUAUUCUGUCCUGUUUAGUUGUACAGUAGCUAAAAAUGUUCACCAAAUGAUUUAUUUGAUUAAAGAAAAAAUAAAUAUAUCAGACUGCUUGUUUAGCCAUUCUCUGGCUUAUUGCUUGAGACCCAGUUAAAAGAUGUCUUGGAAAUCAGAACAAUAGAAAAAUCUCCCAUGGGAGUGAGGGAAUGAAGAUGGUGAGCGUCUGCUCUCAUAUUACAAAAACAAUUCAUUACAGCCACCUUACAAACACUGAACAGAGGAACUGGUAAAAGAACCUUAGGGUUAAAUAAAGAUUAAUAAUUAACAUUAAGAUGAAUAAUAUCUCCUAACUCAUCUCCUCAAAGGGUGAGAUUUUUCCUUGCACUGUAUUUUUUAUUGGUCUGUUUAUUGGUCUGUAUUAAGUGUCCCUGGCAAAACAGCUUCCAUCCUUUCCUUAGAAAGCAUAUGCAACAGUAUAAAUAGAUUCCACCCAUUAGAAGUCUUUGCUGAUUCUCAUCUUAAGUUUUUCUUGUCUUAAUUUUGUUCAGUUAUUUCUAGUUUUAUUCCCCGUGUGCCAUCAUGAAAAUCCUUCUCCUCCUUGUUUAUACUCUCCACAUACAUAAAGACCAUUUUGAUAUCAUCCACCUCCCCAGUGAAAUGGUGAUGGAUCUUUGGAACUGUGGCAUCUCAAAUGUUUUUGUAUGUUUUGGCAUGAGACUUACUUUGUUGAGGUGCUGGUGGAGCUGUAGACAUCUGGCCAUAGACUUUCCCAUACUUCACCUGCUGAGCUUUAUGCCAAGAGAGAGAGUAUGGGUUUUACACACUUUAAUUCUAGGCUAAUUUUUUUGCAACUAAAUCUUGUCAGUCUCCCAUGCAAGACAUUGAAGUCACAGCUACAUGGUGGUUCUACACCUAAAAAUACAUAUAAAGUAUGUUGGCUGGAAGCCACCAGCAGUGCAAGGGGUAUUUAGAAACAAGACAUAAUUUUCACUUCUCCCUCCUGUGGGAGAUUAAAAUUUCAUCUUGUUAACAAGCCUAUCAAUUGACAUUGCCAGGGUUAGAGAACCCAAAAUUAGUCUUAAUUUUGCUCUUGCUCUCAGCAAGAAGGAAGGUGAUAAUGAGCUACCUAUGUUACUAUUGGGCCAAAGUUAAUCCUAAAAGAAUAUUUUGGCAAAUCUUUUGCAAACCCAGAUUUAGUAACCAACCCUCUUUUUAAUUUUAGAGAAAAGAAGCUAAUCGAUAGAAUAUGUUCUUUCCAAACUGUAGUUAAACAUGAAUCUAUUUUAGGGUUUCUUGCACUCAUGGAGAUAUGUCCUAAACUCCUGUUGGGAGUGCAUUGCAGUUAGACAAUUCAUCAGGCCCAGCAACAGAGAGACGUGCUGGUGAAGUCAUUCUGGAGCAAGUGGUUCACUGAGUGAGGUACUUCAAAAAGAUCCUUGUUGAACAAUAAGCAGGAGUAAGUGACAGACUGUAAAGCUGCCCUCUAGGCUGCCAAAGCACACUCUCACAGAUGAAGAUGAUCCAGUCCUAUAAGACAAAAAUCUGGAUUUGCACAGUCAGUUUGAGAGUUGCAGUCAGAGCAUUUUGAGUGUGUCAUAUAAACAACAUUUUAGAACAAUUAGGACAUUCUAAAACAAGCAAAGUUGAUCAAAAUUAAUUGGUUGCUUAAAAAUGGGCUGAACUGGCACAAACUUCCAGUCUGCCCAUCCAACAUUUGCUUAAGAUCAAGUUUUAGUACAAUGAAGAAACAACUUAUAUUUGUUAAAACAAAUACAUAUUAAUACUACCAUUCUUUGUUUUGUUUCAAACAUGAUUUGCAGAUCAUAUCAGGCGUAUUACUUGGUACAGAGCAUUAAACAUAAAAACAUGUUGCUUUUUUGUAAGUUUAUUUCAUAUCUUCAGCAGAAGAAAAGGUCAAAUGUAGAAACUGACCCAACUCCUUUUGAAGUCAAUGGAAAGGCUUUCAUUGUCUUCAGUGGAUGUGGGAUAAGACCCACAGUUAGUACAUUCAGUUGUCACUAUCUGAGUCAAUAGUUACACUGAAUUAAAUGGAUCAGCAAAUUAAUAUCAGUCAUAUGUUUUAUCUGCUCUAGUUUAAUCUUUACAUAAAUGCAUCCACAAAUCUGGAAGGAUUCACUUAUGCAGGAGUCUAAGGGAGUUCAGGUGAUGUGUAAACUAUUGUUGUUUGUGGAAAAUUCAUCACCUAUUGUCACUGGAAUUUUAUAUAGAUACCUAACGGAAUAAUCAAAGUGGAGAUAACCAAGAUCAGCAAUAUAUAGAUAUGGGUCCAUUAAUUAGCCAGUAGCACCCAAAGGCUGUAGACUGCAAAGUUUUGACUUGAAGCAUUCACUUUUUAGAUUCCAUGCACAAUGAUCAGAUGAGAAGCUUUACACUUAAGAAAGUACUAGACAUCAGUAUUUAUUGGAAUGUAUUGGCCCUUCAGAUCCGCAACCAACUCUGUUUCAUGCUUGAUUUUGUAAAGAGUGGUUUUAGUAAUAAACCCAACAUAUUUAUUUAGAUGUAUAGAGAAUUAUUUUAGAAACAUCUAUUUCAAGCACCUUAGUCCAAUUAGCCGCCCUCCCCAACAAACUACCACCAGAUAAAGCAGUUUCUUCUAACCACAAAACCAGACAAUACCAGCGACAGAUGAAACCAUACCUAGCCAAUGCCCCUGGACUCACAAAUGCCAAUUCUUAUCAUGCCUCUCACUACAAUAGGAUUGGUAAAUAGAUGGGCCUCACAGCACGCUUUGGAGGUCAAUAGAUUAGGAUUGUUUUGGAACUAAGGUGGGGAGGAAGUUCCAAAAUUGAGGACUCCCCAAGGAAAAUGCCCUAGCUAGCAUCUCCUUCACUCUUAAAACCACUGGGGCUCCAGCAAGACUACAUCAGCCACACCUGUGAGAAUAUUGCCCAGGGGAAAGGCAGUCCCUCAAGUGGACUUGGGGUUUAUGUUAAUAAUAGCGUUUUGUGGAGCUGUGUUCAAGUGCACAUUACAAGGAAGGAUCCAUUUGAUCUCACUGCCCUGUUCCGUAUUAAAAGAGGGUCACUGGUAAAAAGUGUCCUUAUGAGCCACUUUUCAUUAACAAAAUCAAUCUUGGUUCUUGGGUUCCAGAUGUCUACCUUGCUUUGUUUAGAUUCAACAUCAUAUGCAGUGUAAGGAGUAUAGACUUAUUAUGGGGAACUGGUCAGCCUUUAAGAUAACUGCUCAUAUCCUCCACCCCGAGCCCGCAAAGGUUCUGGAACCUAUGUUACUUGUUAAAAGAAAUAAUCAAGACAGAAGUCAACUUUCCUUCAAAAACCACUAGCACUCCUAUUUGGGCACCAGUUACUGGAGGACUAUAGAGCAGUUCACCGUGUUCCUUCUUUUAUUUACCUUGGGGACUCCUUAGGUUCUGAACCCUAAUGUCUGGGAAAGAAACAUCUAAAAACACACAUUUUCAAUUCCUCUGCUGUAUACUGGUAGUGUAGGAGGGUAUCAUUCUUGAAGUGCUGACUGUUGCUUCAGAUCCUUUCCUUUUCUUUCAUGAGCCUGAUCAGAGCUGUACGGCAUCUCUUGAUUUUUGCUAUUGUUUAAUCUAUAGUGUUUCUCUCAGGAUUUAGGUGACAUACCACAAUUGCCUGCACUAUUGGAUUGCAGUCCCUUAAAUAAAUUGUG